CUGAAUGCAUGCAUGGGGAAUUGCAAUCCCAUCUGGUCCUCAUUUACACUGUCUGUCUCUCUCCUUCCCCGGCUGCUCGCCUGGAAAACAGACAAAAGAUAUCUUGCGCUUUCGUCUUUUCAAUAUUUGUGGGGGAAGUUUUGAUUUGUUUACCGAAAGGAGAAUAUUACAAGAAAGAAGCCGCACAGCAGAUUGUUCUUUAUUGAGGAGGGAAAACUGACACCGAGGGUACUGAGCUGGAGUCUGGAAGUGACGAGAUCAUUUACUAAGUGACGGGGAAAGGAUGCCAUUAAUUAGAAAAAUUAAUCAGGGCUUGCUGUUCCUAGUUAUUUUGACAUUUUGCCUGGUCCUUUACAACAAAUUUCACAAAAUGUCGCUGUACAAGGAGGAAGCAGCUGAAGAACCUGAAUCUCCAACUGUUCACAAUGCAGGCCAUACUGUGAAACAGAGCAAUGUUCCUCCUUCUGAUGAUUCUGCUCCCGAAGAUGUGAUACCAAUUAUAAUCUGUGCUGCAGAAGACCGAUUGGGUGGAACAAUUGCAACAAUCAACAGUAUCUAUAGCAACACUAAUGCCAAUAUCAUUUUCUACAUAAUUACACUGAGAGACUCCCUCGUUCAUAUUAGCAAAUGGAUCGAAAACACAAAGCUGAAAGGCAUCCACUACAAAAUGAUGGAAUUCAAUGCUGCAAUACUGCAGGGGAAAGUGAGACCAGACUCAGCAAGACCCGAGUUACUGAAACCUCUCAACUUUGUCCGAUACUUCAUUCCAUAUCUUAUUCGUGAUCAUGAAAAGGUGAUAUACCUGGACGAUGAUGUUAUUAUACAAGGUGAUAUCCAGGACUUGUACGACACUGUGCUGAAGCCUGGCCAUGCUGCUGCCUUCUCAACAGACUGUGAUCUGACCUCAACUCAUGAGAUGGUCCGGACUAUGGGAAUGCAGACCACAUUUAUGGGACAUUUGGAUUACCGGAAGCCAACUGUCAGAGGUCUAGGGAUAAAUCCCACGACGUGUUCCUUUAAUGUUGGUGUGUUUGUUGCAAAUGUUACAGAAUGGAAACGACAACGGAUAACUAAGCAGUUGGAAAAAUGGCUGGUAGCCAAUGUAGAGGAGAAUCUGUACAGCAGUGCACUAGCCGAAGGAGUAGUGACCCCUCCUAUGUUAAUAGUAUUUCACAACAAACACUCCUUAGUGAACCCUUUAUGGCAUAUUCGACAUCUUGGCUGGAGUCCUGACACCAGAUAUUCAGAACACUUCCUUUCUGAAGCUAAACUACUACAUUGGAAUGGAAGAUAUAAACCCUGGGAUUAUCCUGCGGCUCAUGUGGAAUUUUGGGAAAGGUGGUAUCUUCCUGAUCCAACAGGACAUUUUAGAUUGGUACGACCUAACAAUUAGGAGCACCAUCGCAUACAGAAUUUUCAUCUCACUCCUUUGUCCAAUUAAGUAUGCAUUUAAAAAUAUGCUGUGGUUUAAGCUAUUCAGUAUCCAAACGUCUGACAUGUUUCUGUGAAUUAAAUCAUAGCAGAAUUUACUGCAACAAGAUUGAGAUAUCAGAUUAAACAUAUAAUAAUUCAGUGUUAUUUAGCAAAAAUGUUCUCACAUCAGAAAAUGUAGAUUUUGCACAAUAACAGUACUUUCACAGGAGGUACAUUAUUUUGAUCUCAUACAAACCAGUUUGCCAAAUCGAACUCUUAGCUGAAGAAACAUUUUAUAUGACCUUAACAUUUUUGAAUGACAGCAAAGACAGCUUCAUAUUUGCUUCUCUAUUCUUUAGGUAAGGUUAGUGACGUACAACACGAAAUGUGAGCUAUGGUCCUGCCUUGCCUCAUUUUCACUAAGUUUUUUUAUAAUUUAGAAAUGUAACUUUUAUAAUAGCAUACACCCAGAACAAAGAGCAAUAACCUUCUUGUUACAGCAGGAACUUGCAGGGAUGAUGUCAGGAAGCAUUUUUCAUUUAAAGAGUAGUGGAAAUCUGGAAUUCUGUUUUUCAGAAGUUUGUGGAGAGGUCUGGGAAUUUAUUGAAAAUUUCAAAAUUGAGUAUUGAUAACUUUUUGUAGUUAUUAAAGAUUAUCAAAAGUAGACAAUUGGAUUUGAAAGGCAGCUCAGCCUAACUGAAUGACAGACUUGAAAAGCCAAAUGGUCGCCUCCUCUUCCUAACAGUGUGAUCUCAUGAUCUCAUGUAGUGCAGUGGUUAUGGCAUCGGAUUUGCAAAGUGGGAAUGCAGUGUUCUGCAAUUAACUACAGCAUCUUGUGGAACAGAAUUUUAAAACACAAUAAUUUGUGAAGAAAUUACCAUUAAAGCUGUUCCCUACUUCUGUCACGAAAAAGGUAACUACUUCACAAAAGCAUUUCAGGGAAGAGAAGUUAGUCAAGCAGUAUUCAAGAAAUCUACCAAUGAGCAAAUAUAAGCCAUCAGCCUUGUUCUCAGUAUAGCAGCAUUACUAGCACAUUUACAAACAAACUAGCAGUCUAAGGCCAGGAUAGAUCUUCUAUUCCAGAACAAGCUUAAGAACCUGUUUUGAAAGUACUAUUGCAAUAGUAGCUUUUCUCCCUGGGGCCCACAUCUCAGGAAGGAUGUACUGGCCCUGGAGCAGUUUCAGAGGAGGUUCAUGGCAAUAGUCCCAGGAAUGAAAAGCUUAACAUAUGAAGAACGUUUGAGGACUCUGGGGCUAUACUCAUGACAGUUUAGAAGGAUGAGGAGGGAUCUAAUUGAAACUUACAGAAUACUGAAUGGCCUGGAGAGAAUGGAUGUUGAGGAAGAUGCUUCUGUUCAUAACAGAGACUAGGACCCAAGGACACAGCCUUAGACUAAAAGGGAAGACCUUUUAGAACAGAGAUAAAAAGAAAUUUCUUCAGCCGAAGAGUGGCGAAUCUACAGAAGGCUGUGGAGGCCAGGUCAUUGAGUACAUUUAAGACAGAGAUAGAUAGGUUCUCGAUUACCAAGGGUUAAAAGAGAAAGCAGGAGAAUGGUGUUGAGGAACUUAUCAGCCAUGAUUGAAUGGCAGAGCAGAUUUGAUGGGCCAAAUGGCCUAAUUUCUGCUCCUACGUCUUAUGGUCUUAAAGUGACAUUUCCUUACCCCAAAAGUUGCAGCAUAACCUUAAUACUAAAUCCAACAGUAAAUGAGAGUAAAGAUGCAACCACAGCUUCACAGAAUCCUUUAGAUUUGUUGGAAUAGGUUAAUGGCAAAUUGUACUGCUUAAGUAUGAAAGUAUCAAAGCUGUCAAAAUGAAAGAACAUCUGGGUACAUAAUACCGAAUAAGAUAUUCCUCCAAUGCUACUUCAACCUGUUUUCUCUUUUAAUAUUAAGCUUGGUACGCCCUAAUACUUCCAAACUUCAAAGAAACUACACAGGUCUCAUGUGAAAAGAUCAGAAUUGUUACUUUUACUCUCUUAUGUAUAUGUAUGAAAUCAAAAAUAAACAUUACAAAAUCAUCUCACUGGUGGGGCAAAAUAAAGUUCUGAUUGAUUUUGCUAGCAGUUUUAGUACAAAAACCAGCAGAUAAAAGUCAAACCACGCACAGAAAAUGUGAAUGAUCUUGUUUAGCUUAAAGUUUGGCAGGCUUCUUAAGACAUCACUUUCCAAAUUUAUGACCACCACAAUCUAAAAGGACAACAGCGGCAGUUACACAGGAACACAAUCACCUGCAAGUUCCCCUCCAAGCCACUCACCGUCUCAACUUGGAAAUAUAUUGUAAUUCCUUCAGUGAUGCUGGUUCAAAACCCUGAACUACCUCACUAACAGCAUUGUGGGUGUAUCUACAUCAAAUGGACUAUAGCAGUUCAAGAAGGUAGCUGAACAUCACCUUCUUCAUGGCAACUAGGGAUGGGUUAUAAAUGCAGGCCCAGCCAGUAACACCCACAUGCUCAGCAAAUCAUGAAUGCUAGUACCGCUGUGUGAUCAGACAUUGCCCAGAUGCAUUCAAAGAUUGGCACAGGUCAAUGAACAUGUAACAUUUCCAGUGUAAAAUUAAAAACAGAAAAAAAAGAAAUUCAUUGUAAUUUUUAUUUUUUUUCCACCAGAUUUCAAAACUAUCACUCUCUUGCAAGAGGAUUGAGCACCAAAUUUACAAGUUGUAAACAGUAUCAUGUUAACAUUUUUAAAAGUUUCCAGUAGCUGCCCAUUCACUUCAAGUCAGAGUACAUUUACUUGUAUAUAUUCCCACAGGCACAUUUUACAAACUAGAUAAUAUGACACAGGUAACUUUAAAACUUCCUGUAAAACAGCUUUAAGUCACUAGAGACAGUAUUACAAAUUCUUUGUUGAAAACAGUCAUGCAGAUUAGUUACAAUAGUUUCCUUAAUGAACAUUUAAGGCAUUUACAUAAUGUCACAGUUAAGUGAACUUUUACUUCAAAAGCAGUAGCUGAAUUUUAAUACAGGGAGGAAAAAUAACUGUCAGGUUGGCAGGUGUAAACCUGAGAUAUUUUUAUUCCCAAGUCUGUUCAGAGAUCUGGUCUAACUUGGUAAUACUUUAUACCAGCGGAAGAGGGUAAUGCAAGCAAGACAGGGAUCAUGACUAAGCAGCGGAGGGAGAGGGGAUGGUGUCUGAUGAGGUAAUUAGAAGCAAGCCCAACACCAGAGGUUUCUUUGGGAAGCUGUCUCUGCUGCCCUUGGCCCACCUGGUAGAAUCUGUAUGAAACCAUUUUGGCUUUUUUCAGUCUUCUUACUUAUUCUUGACCAUUAUGCCUAGUGAACCCCGUACGAGGCACUGAUAGCAGUUGGCCAGAGCAGAAAGGUGGCUCAGUCUGAAAGACUACACCACGAAUUUUGGAGUAAGACCCUCAUCAUUUUGGUGCAAGGAUGCUAUUAACUGGCCACAUCACCACUUGUUAAAUCUGUCAAUCCUUACACAGCUUGCAUUGUAAGUUAUCAUCAGGGUUUAAAUUCCCUUGCACUUGUGAUUUCUCUUGACAGAAUUAGGGUUAAAAACAGGUCGAGUUAUAUUGUUCUAGACUUAAGUGCUUAAGUGUAAGGGCACAGCAAAGAAUUUCAGUUGCUUUCUCUUUCAAACUUGAAUCAUGCCAAAUGGUGCAAGUUUAGCUUGAAGGGAAAAUUGCUUUGAAAUGCCAGAAUUGAGAAUGGUCCAUUUAAUGUACAGUCAAUUUUCAGUUGAAAGCCAUUUUUAAAAAUAAGUUCAUAUUUGAAAAAAUAUUAUAACCUCAAACUGAAGGCAACUGUACUGUUGCUGAGUCUCCAAUUUUUGAAAAAACAAAAUUGAAUGAUUUAGCAGGGAACUUAUCCUCUGGCUCUUCUUGUGCACUACUGUUAACUUGACAAACUAUAGUCUACUCCUAAUAAUUCAAAAUGGAUUUGUGCAAAAGAUGAAAGAAUUAUAAUGUGUAUUCAGCAAUAUUAAUAAAAACCCAAAUGGAGAAUUUAUUGCUAAAAUAUGAAAUAAAUUAGCAACUUGGAGUUAAAAAAUUAAA